UUCUCACAUUUUGUUGGUUUCUCUCAGUUUGAAGCUCUGCAACUCCCAAACUUCAAAACCAAAGAAGCUAAAACUGGCGCUCGCACGCACAUAAUUUUGUUAUCAUAAUUUCAUACCAAUUAGCCUCCAAAUUCCUUUCAUUCCAAUUGCCAUUUCUUCGUAUAUAGAUUCCGAUACACACACACACACACAUAUAUAUAUAUAUAGCAAUCAUCUCUAUCUGAUUGUAUAUGGACGUGACCAUGGACGACCGAGAGAACCAAACGCAAGCCGAAGCUCUGGCUCCUGCCGCGGAAUCUCAGCCUCAGUCUCAGGGAGAAGAAGACGGAGAAGAACAAGCAAGGAACGAAGACGACAAGUUGAUCGCGAAUGCUCAGAAGCUGAUGGAGAAGAUCACUUCUUCUCCUGAAAACCCUAGUCCCUUCGUCCUCCAUGCCCUUGCCUCCAUCCUCGAAACACAGGAAUCCCGUUACAUGGAAGAGCAUGAUCCUUCCUCCAAUAGUGGCCGUUCUUCACAUAACAUUGGACGGCUGGGAAACUUAAUCCGGGAAAAUGAUGAUUUCUUCGAAUUGAUAUCUUCAAAGUUUUUAUCAGAAACAAGAUACCCAACCCCCAUCCAGGCAGCUGCUGCUAGGCUUCUUUUAAGCUGCUCACUGACUUGGACUUAUCCUCACGUUUUUGAAGAAGCCGUCUUAGAGAACAUAAAAAAUUGGGUGAUUGAUGACACUGCCAGAUUUCCUGGUGAACAUCACAAUUGCAAGAGCAAGAAGGCCUCAAAUUAUGAAAUGUUGAAGAGCUAUUCUACCGGACUUCUUGCUGUUUGUUUGGAAAGUGGUGGUCAAGUAGUCGAAGAUGUCUUGACAUCCGGAUUGUCUGCCAAGCUUAUGCGCUAUCUUCGUGUGCGUGUACUUGGAGAGACAAGUAGCCAGAAAGAUGCUACUCAUUUAACAGAGGGCAAGAUUGUAACUGGUUCUACUUGUACAAGAGAUAGAGACGAGGGUAGGGGUAGGGUUCGGCAGGCUCUGGAAACAACUUAUUUAGAUGAUCUGAGGAUAGCAGAUGAGAGAUCCUUAGAUGGACAAAGUCUUGAAAGGGAUCAGGAUAGAAGCAUUGUACGACAAGGAGAUGGAGAAGAGUGCUGGGUGAAUGAUAGAGAACCACCUGAUGCAUUGGGUGAAAGGGUUGAUGCCUGUGAGGUAGAUGCUGAUGGGGAGGUAAGAAGGCAAAGUCAAGAAUUACGUGAUGGGAAGGCAAAAUUGUGGGAUUUUGAUGACAAUGGCCGAGAUGAUUCCUCAAGGCGCAGAGUGAAUCGUGGAUCAGCAAGAUCCAGAUGCAAGGGAAGGGUUAAUGAAGGUGGUCCAGAGAAUGAACAGGUGUUAACCUCACCAGGAUCUGGUAGUCGAUUGGGACAGGGGCGGAGUACAAAAGAUAGGAGUUUUUCAAAACAUUUAGAUGUGAAAAAAGAUGCUAGAAAGACUUUUGGCAGGAUCACAUCUGAUGUUUUAGCUGUCGAAAGAGAUGAAAAUGAUGACUGCUUCCAGGAAUGUAGAGUUGGAAGUAAAGAUAUCUCUGAUAUGGUAAAGAAAGCAGUUAUAGCUGCCGAAGCUGAAGCAAGAGCAGCCAAUGCACCUGAAGAAGCUAUCAAAGCAGCAGGUGAUGCUGCUGCUGAAGUUGUCAAAAGUGCAGCUUUUGAGGAAUUUAAAAGCACAAGUGAUGAAGAAGCUGCCGUUUUGGCUGCUUCUAGAGCUGCAUCCACUGUUAUUGACGCUUCUAAUUCAAUUGAAGUUUCAAGGAGUUCUAGUAGCAUCAAUGAUGAGACAAUGAAUCCACGCUGUACAGAGACAGAAACUAAUGAGGAUGUUGAAGAAUAUUUCAUCCUGGAUUCUGAAUCUCUUGCACAGCUGAGAGAAAAAUACUGUAUUCAGUGCCUUGAAAUACUUGGAGAAUAUGUUGAAGUUCUUGGGCCUGUACUUCAUGAAAAGGGUGUCGAUGUCUGCCUUUCACUAUUUCAACGGAGUUCCAGACAGAAUGAGGGAUCAAAAGUUGCCAUUCUUUUGACUGAUGUAAUGAAGCUAAUCUGUGCAUUGGCUGCUCACCGAAAAUUUGCUGCUCUUUUUGUGGAUCGGGGUGGCAUGCAGAAACUGCUUGCUGUCCCUAGAGAUGCUCAAACCUUCUUUGGUCUUUCUUCUUGCUUAUUUACAAUUGGUUCUCUCCAGGGAAUAAUGGAACGUGUGUGUGCUCUUCCCUCAGAUGUUAUUCACCAGUUGGUUGAGUUAGCUAUCCAACUUCUUGAGUGCACUCAGGACCUAGCUAGAAAAAAUGCCGCCUUGUUUUUUGCUGCCACAUUUGUCUUCCGAGCAGUUCUUGAUGCCUUUGAUGCUCAGGAUGGUUUACACAAAUUACUGGGCCUUUUAAAUGAUGCAGCCUCAGUUAGAUCAGGAGUAAAUACUGGAGCAUUAGGCUUUUCCAGUUCAGGAUCCUUUCGAAAUGAUCGUUCGCCUGCAGAAGUACUGACAUCAUCAGAGAAACAGAUAGCUUAUCACACCUGCGUUGCUUUGCGGCAAUAUUUUAGAGCUCACCUUCUUUUGCUUGUGGAUUCUAUCCGUCCAAAUAAAAACAAUCGAAGUACAGCCCGGAAUACUCCAAGUGUAAGGGCAGCCUACAAGCCACUUGACAUCAGUAAUGAAGCUAUGGAUGCAGUGUUUCUGCAGUUACAAAAGGAUCGAAAGCUGGGUCCAGCAUUUGUAAGAACUCGCUGGCCUGUGGUUGAGAAGUUCUUAAGCUCUAAUGGGCAUAUUACCUUGUUGGAAUUGUGUCAGGCCCCACCCAUUGAGCGCUAUUUGCAUGAUUUGCUUCAGUAUGCAUUGGGUGUUUUGCACAUUGUUACACUGGUACCCAACAGCCGCAAGAUGAUUGUAAAUGCCACAUUAAGCAACAAUCGUGUUGGUAUAGCGGUCAUUUUGGAUGCAGCAAAUAGUGCUAGUAGUUAUGUGGACCCAGAGAUCAUCCAACCAGCCCUAAAUGUGUUAGUCAAUCUUGUUUGUCCACCACCGGCAAUCAGCAAUAAACCACCUUUACUUGCACAAGGUCAGCAUUCUGUUUCUUCUCAAACCCCAUAUGGUCAUGCGAUGGAGAAUAGAGAUAGAAACACAGAACGCAAUAUCUCAGAUAGAGCUGUUAGUAUGCCCAGCCAGAGUGAUUCAAGAGAGCGGAAUGGGGAAUCUAGUGUGGCAGAUAGGCUAAAUGCCACCGGAGUUGGUACACAGUUCAUCGGUAGCACUUCACAAACUCCUGUUGCCACAGCCACUUCAGGACUUGUUGGAGAUCGUAGAAUAUCUUUAGGUGCUGGAGCAGGUUGCGCGGGCCUUGCUACACAGUUGGAACUAGGGUAUCGUCAAGCAAGAGAGGCUGUACGUGCCAACAAUGGGAUAAAGGUUCUUCUUCAUCUCCUCCAGCCACGCAUAUAUUCACCUCCUGCUGCUCUUGAUUGUCUCCGUGCCCUCUCUUGCCGAGUUCUGCUUGGUCUAGCCAGAGAUGAUACAAUUGCACAUAUAUUGACAAAGCUUCAGGUUGGAAAAAAGCUAUCAGAACUAAUUCGAGAUUCAGGCGGCCAAACAUCUGGAACUGAGCAAGGCAGGUGGCAAGUCGAGCUUUCCCAGGCCGCAAUUGAACUGAUAGCAAUUGUGACAAAUUCAGGCCGUGCAAGUACGCUAGCAGCUACUGAUGCCGCCACCCCUACUUUGAGGCGCAUAGAAAGAGCAGCUAUAGCUGCUGCUACGCCUAUUACUUACCAUUCCAGGGAACUUUUACUUCUAAUCCAUGAACACCUACAGGCAUCUGGUUUGGGUGCAACUGCUACGGCACUGUUGAAAGAGGCCCAGUUGACUCCUCUGCCGUCCUUGGCAGCCCCAUCAUCUCUUGCUCACCAAACCUCCACCCUAGAAGCUCCCUAUACUCGACUCCAAUGGCCCUCUGGUCGAGCCCCUUGUGGAUUUCUCACUAAGAAAUCUAAAUUUAGCGCAUGGGAUGAGGACACAAGCUUGAAGUUUGAUUCAAAUGUAACUUCUUCAAAGAAAAAACUAUUAGCUUUCUCACCUAGUUUUGGUUUGCACUCAAGAAAUCAGUUGCAAUUCCAUGAUUCCCAGUCAGUAUCUGCCAGGAAAGUCUUCAGUUCUUCAAAACAAUCUUCUGCUCAUGCAAUUGCAGCAGAAACUCAAUCAGAGUCCUUCACAAAACCUAAUCUUGAUACAGAAUCCCUAUGUAAGACUCCUAUUAUAUUGCCAAUGAAGCGAAAAUUAUCAGAGUUGAAGGAUGUUGGGUCGAUUUCGUUCUCCGGAAGGCGACUCCACACAGGCGAGCAAGGACCUCAGUCUCCAGUUUGUCCUACACCCAGUAGUCUUCGUAAAAGCAAUCUACUGACUGAUAAUAUUGGACUUUCUACACCAACUUCUAACCUUAGAGAUCAGCAUUGGCAAUCAACGCCAAUUGGUGGCUUGGCAGGUUAUAUGGAUGAAAACCAUUACGGUAACCCCCAUAUAGGUCAGGUGACACCAUCCUCACAACUUGAGCUUUUAAAUGAUCCCCAGCCCAGCAGCACAGAGAGGUUAACUCUAGACUCUCUUGUUGUUCAAUAUCUGAAGCACCAGCAUCGCCAAUGCCCUGCCCCUAUAACCACUCUUCCACCACUCUCUCUCUUGCAUCCACAUGUCUGUCCUGAACCUAAACGAAGCCUUGAUGCCCCAUCAAAUGUAACAGCUCGACUUGGUACACGUGAGUUUAGAAGUAUAUAUGGUGGGGUACAUGGAAAUCGAAGAGAUCGCCAAUUUGUUUAUAGUAGAUUUAGACCUUGGAGAACUUGUCGGGAUGAUGCUGGUGCACUUUUGACAUGCAUUGAUUUUCUUGGGGACUCUUCCCGUCUUGCAGUUGGCAGCCACUCUGGAGAGCUCAAAAUUUUUGACUCUAACAGUAACAACGUGCUGGAGAGCUGCACGAGCCAUCAGUCUCCUUUGACAUUUGUUGAAUCCUAUCUUUCUGGUGAGACACAGCUGCUGCUUUCGUCGAGCUCCCAGGAUGUAAGGUUGUGGGAUGCAUCUUCAAUCUCAGGUGGACCAAUGCAUCCAUUUGAAGGGUGUAAGGCUGCAAGGUUUAGCAACUCUGGAAGCAUUUUUGCAGCCUUGACAGUAGAGCCCUCUCCACGAGAAAUUCUCCUCUACAAUAUCCAGACCUGCCAGUUGGAAUCAAAGCUAUCAGACACGUCUGCAAGUUCUACAGGCCGGGGGCAUAUAUAUUCUCUCAUACACUUCAGCCCUUCAGAUGCUAUGCUGCUAUGGAACGGGGUCUUGUGGGAUCGGCGGGUUUCUGGUCAUGUUCAUCGCUUUGAUCAAUUUACAGAUUAUGGAGGUGGCGGCUUUCAUCCAGCUGGGAAUGAGGUAAUUAUAAACUCGGAGGUUUGGGAUCUCCGGAAGUUUAGGCUCCUCCGAAGUGUACCUUCAUUAGACCAAACGAUGGUAACAUUUAAUGCACGUGGAGAUGUAAUUUAUGCAAUACUUCGGAGAAAUCUUGAGGAUGUAAUGUCAGCAGUUCACACACGACGAGUCAAGCAUCCUCUCUUUGCUGCUUUUCGCACAGUGGAUGCAGUCAACUACUCUGACAUUUCCACUAUGCCCGUAGAUCGUUGUGUCCUUGACUUUGCAAAAGAGCCGACAGAUUCCUUUGUAGGGUUGAUUACGAUGGAUGACCAAGAUGAGAUGUACUCUUCAGCUAGGAUUUAUGAAAUUGGACGUCGAAGGCCAACAGAUGACGAUUCUGAUCCUGAUGACGCCGAGAGUGAGGAGGAUGAUGAGGAUGAUGAUGAUGAUGAUGCUGAUGUGGACUCGUUACUGGGCCCAGAUCUUGAUGGGGAUGGUGAUAGUGAUGCUGAUGAUAUGAGUAAUGAUGAUUAUGAUGAUAGUGUUGGUGACCUUGAUGAUGAUGAUGACGAUGACGACGAUGGAGAUUUCAUGCUGGAAGGGGGAACGGGAUUACUGGAGAUUGUGAACGAGGGUGAUGAGGAUGAGGAUGAUAGCGAAUUGGUUGAAUCAUUUAGUAGCGAUGGGGAUGAUUUUAUGGGGAACGUUUUUGGUUAUUAAACGUUACGUAAUUCUUAGAUUUAUUUUAAAUUAUGGCCCAGAUUUUGUAAUUAUGCUGAUAGAAGUUUUUACUUUUGACCGCAAGUGUAGAGCUGAAAACCAGCAGCAGUAUCCAAGUCCACUAUGUGAGAAUUGAAAUUAUACGCUCGAACCAGAAAGUCACCGAAAAUAGUUAGUUUUUUAUUUUUUUCA